AUGCGAAAUACGACGCAACUGACUGACUUCAGACCGUGGACCGAGGUUAGUGAGUUUUGCCAAAGUGUCAAUGGCGAAUUAUCAGACUUUUCAUCGAUUAGAACGCUCAAAUCUCGUAAUACGUUAAGGCAUCGCUAUUUUAACAAGGGUUUUUGGUUGAAUUAUUAUUUCGCAGGCAGUGCAGAGGAGUCAAUGUCGGGGAUGAGUUAUGGUAGUUGGUUGGUUGGAAGACAAAAAGCUCGUUCUUAUAUAGAUUUCGAUAUUGGUAGACAACUUGAGGAAGAGAUCGACAGAGAGAUUGUAAGAAAACAGCGCGAAGUCGUGAUUGUUG